AAACAGAUGGGAUUUUCUUCGUUUCUCAAAGGGAAGAUUAAAUAAAUAAAAAAAAUGAAAUUAGUGUGAAAUUAUUUCUCUUCUUUUUCCCAUUUCUCAGUCUCUAUGCAGCGUUCUUCUCACAAGCUUUCAUGUGAAGAACUUGCAUAUUGCUUUCCCUUAAUCUUUCAGGUAUCACAUUACAAAAGCAGGAGAAUACAUAACAUUGGUUUACUUGUGGGUAAUUUUAAGUAUAGGAGAACAUAUUCCAGCCACAGUAUACUUGAGCCAGUUAGUGAAAGGCUUAUCACCUGUAAUCAAUUUCUCAAUCACCCUUCUCAAAUAAGUUCAAGCGAAUCUGGUUGUUAUCAGAAAUUUGCACCUGGUGAAACUUAUUCUAUUCUUCGGUCCGGUGGUCUUCAGCAUUGGUUCAAAAGUUGGCAAGACCAGAGAAGGCAUAAAUUGACAGCAAGCACAUUUGCUGGGGCUGUUGGCUUUCGGCCUUGUCGAAGGGCUCAACUCUGGCUAGAGAAACUUGGGGCAAUUGAGCCAUUUUCUGGUAACUUGGCUACCUCUUGGAGCAAUAUCAAAGAAGAGGAAGCACUUGAAAGAUACAAGCUGAUUACUGGAAAUACAGUUGCUUUUCCUGAAUUUCAGGUUUAUGGUAAGAUGAACCCAGAAGAGAGUUGGUUAGCAGCUUCACCUGAUGGGAUAGUGGACAGGUUUGUUUAUGGGUUGCCUCUUAGAGGAGUAUUGGAGAUAAAGUGUCCUUUUUUUGGUGGAGAUAUGAGCAAGGCUUCCCCUUGGAAGCGGAUCCCCCGUUAUUGUAUUCCACAAGCUCAGGGUUUAAUGGAAAUCAUGGACCGGGAUUGGAUGGAUUUCUAUGUUUGGACUCCUAAAGGAAGCAGUUUGUUUAGGAUAUGUCGAGAUGUAGAAUACUGGGAUGUUCUCAAAUUGGCACUCUCUGACUUUUGGUGGAAGCAUGUUCAACCAGCAAAAGAAAUAUGCAGUAAAUAUGUGGUCACAGAUCCCCUCAGAGAAUUAAAAUCACUAAGACCAGCCUCCAGGCAUGAAUUAUGUAGCUAUAUAAUUUAUGAAAGCAAACGUGUUGCUGAUAAUUCCAAUUUAUUGAUGCGUGAAAUAAAUGGACAACUGGAAAACUGAUUUGAUGAGUGAGAUAUUGAAUUUUAAGCCAAGUCUAAUGCAUAUAUGGCAAUGCUUUCUUGAGCUUUGAGUAGUUACUGAAAAUUUUGGUUGCUGUGAGUUCUCUAAGAGCUGAAGAUCAAGGUUAGAAGUUUUUGUUCAUAAUAGUUGUUAACCUGGAUGCAAGGAAUUACUAUUAGGUUCCCUUCUCCCUUUUGUUGGAUAAAGUUUAACACAUAUGGUUGUUGAAAGAGUUCCUAGGAACCUUAGCUGAUAAGGGAAUAUUGAGAAAUAAUGAAGACCAUGUUGCUAAAUAGGUUCAUCUGAAGUUUCGGAUCCAUCAUGCUUUUGAUUGUAUGAUAACAUGUUUUUUUGCAAUGCUUAAUCUGGCAUGAAAGAUGAAGGAUGAUAAUGAUUGUAUGAUAAUGCUUAAAAGAAAUGGUUUGGGACGGAAAUGUUAAGGUGGCUCUUGGCUGAAUCUGGUUCACUUUUGGCAUGAAGGAUGGACAGUAAAAUCUUGUAGGCAUGAUCCUAAUAAAGCACUGCUACAUGGUUGUAGGACUUCUUGAUGAGAGGUUGGCUGUAUAUUACACAAACCGUAGAAAGGCUGUAGGUAUCCCAAUCAAUGAGCUUAUAUUUGGAAUUGCCUGGCUCAUAUAUUUGGUGAUCCUCUGGCUAGGUUGAUUCUUCUUGCAAGAAGUGAUCCUCUCUGGUUGUUUGGCCCUGGACUUCUCUCAUUCAUAAGAUUAGCUUUGAAUGGGGAUAGGAAACCAUAUCGGAGAUCUAAAAUAUUUUGUAAGUCCUCUUUCUUGUUCCAUUUGACUUGAAUUUCAUGUUAAAAAUUCAUCGUAUCCUAUGUUUAACAAGUUAUGGCUGGCUUAGGAUCAUUGAUAGAAAAGUUUCUAACUUUCAAUUUUUCAUUGAUCCAGUCCCAGCCUCCAGCUUAUGGAUGCAUCUCCUUUGGUCUUAAUUGUCAAUAAAUAACUCCUCAAAAUUAUGAAUAAAGAUUUUGAUGUUCUUAUGGCCUGGACUGGACAACUCUAACAGAUUGGGAGAAUGAGGCUACAAAUUGGCCCAUAGGGAAUGGUAGAAAGUUGGUCAAAGCAUAAUCCUGCAGCCAAAUGCUUAAGGCUAGCAUUUCUAGUUACUUAUCUUAUAUUGUGUAUGGGAAAUAGUGCUUAGAAGCAUGCAUGCUAUAAAUUAAACUAGACUUAUUUUAUGGUGAUACCUGUUUCAAAAAUGUAAUUACUGGACUUUUAAUAAAGUGAAUUAGCUAGUGUGUUUUCUAGUGCUAUUGGUUCUGAAUGAGUUAUAUAUUUAAACCAUUUAAGUUAGAGAUGCUUGUCAUUGCAUAAUUGUUUCUUUGAGGAUUCUUUCGUAUAUAAAUACAAUUUUUGUCUGCUGGCCAGUUGGCACCACUAUUACUCGUUUCUUCCUAGAAAAAAACCCUUCUCUAAGUCUCCCUUGUGUUUUUGAGUUCCAUUCACCCGUUGGAAUACAUGAAUGUUCACACGGAAGAAGAAAGUUAAUACAUGUACUCAACCCAAUAUAAGAUUACUGAAGUUGUAGAUGUAAAAUAAAAAAAUAAGUUUGUUGAAGCCUUUUGUUCAAUGAGCCCUUUUAUGAAACAAAUAUGAUGUCAUCUCUUGAUGUAACCAGCAACAGAUGAAAUCCACCAGGCUGCUCUUAGUAGUGUGUGUAUCUCAAGGUUUGGGACCUAUGUAUGAUUCACUAAAUUUGGAGCAAUUUAAUUUCUAAGCAAUAAAUCAUUUAUCUUGAUUAGCCAUCAUCCUUCUUUUUUCUUUUUCCUUUGACUUAAAAUUUCCAUCUUUUUGCU